AUGUCAGACGAUAUUGCUUCUCCGGCAGAUGAUCUCUCACUCCGUUUCAAGUCUUUUUCGCUUACAAAUGAGGAGUCUAAAGAACUCACCAUCCUCGGUGAGGACAUCAAACUGAGCGAGGCAGAAUGUCGAUUGAGUCUUAUUGGUAAGGUGGUUACUACGAAAGCAGUAAACUUGAAUGGUUUGAAGAACACUAUGGCCCCAUUAUGGGGCAAUCCGUCAUGUUUUAAAGUUGUGGAAGUUGGGGACAAUCUUUUUCAGUUUGUUUUUGGCAAAGAAGAUGAAAUCUUUCGAGUGUUAGCCGGCAAGCCUUGGUUUUUCAAUAACAGUUUCUUGAUUCUUUCUCGAUGGAGUCCGGAGAUGAAAUUACAACAGUUGGUGUUUCAACAUUCGCCAAUAUGGGUUCAAAUAUGGGGUUUGCCCCUACAGUUUUACUCCCACGAGGUGGGAACAUAG